UUCAGAUCGUAUUCUUGCAGCAGCUAUGGAUUUACGCACGAGCCGCAUUUAACACCAAACAGUGGAGCCUAUCCAUACAGCCUCGUACACGGACAUCUUGGUUCUCCCGUGUCAGGAUACCGGAGUGUGGAGAGGUGUUGUUGUUUUAAUCUUCCUGGGAAUCGGCGUCGUCGUGGAAGCAUGGCGUGGCCCUGCAUCAGCAGGGCGUGCUGCAUGGCCCGCUUCUGGAACCAGCUGGACAAGGCUGACAUUGCGGUGCCUCUGGUUUUCACCAAGUACACGGACGUGUCGGAGAUGCAGCACAUCCAGCUGCAGCCGCCGCUCCACCCUCCCCAGGCCCGGGUCGCCAUAGAAACGCAGCCGUCGCGCGGAGCGGCGUCCCGCACCGCCACGGCGGCGGCACGCGGGCCGCGCAGGUGCGUGUCCGAGGAGCGCGUGUGCAGCUCGGUGAUGCGCGAGGACUUCAAGCACUGGAAGGUGCGACCGGAGCCGAGCUGCAAGCCCAAGAACCAGUACCACGAGCCCGAGACGCCGUUCAACAGCGAGACCCAGUACCAGAAGGACUUCAAGCCCUGGCCCAUCCCCAAGAGGUACGACCACCCCUGGAUACCCAAGCAGGACGAGCGGCCCCGGGACCGGGACCGGGACCGGGAGCGGGACCGGGCCAGGCACUCCAAGCAGCGCGCCGCGCUGUCGGACCCUGAGUGCGGCGUGGAGAAGAGCGCCAUCGCCGACAAGGUGCAGGAGAAGGACCUGCUGCAGGGCCACGAGAGGAGGAAGAGGCCCGGCAAGCACGAGGCGGAGAAGAAGGUGGUGCUGAAGGUGGAGGGGGAGGGCAGAGGGAGGCCGGCGGACGCUGUCAACCGGCAGAUCCGGGAGGAGAUCACGGCCGGAAGCUCCUACAAAACCGAGUUCAAGGCUUACAGAGACGUGAAGCCGGUAAAGAUGAUCCGGGCCAAGUCCCAGUACCUGCCCCCAGACGAGAAGACCAGUCUGGAGACCAGCUACAGCGCCACCUUCAAGGGACAGGCGCCGCUGCAGCCCGCCGACAACAAGGCCCAGGAGAGGAGGAGGAUACGCAGCCUGUACAGCGAGCCUUACAUCGACCCCGGCAAGCAGGUUGACAGGUAUAGUGUCCCUCGCUCUAAACCCAAAAAGGCCGGAGCCGCCGCCGCGGGCCAGGGCAAGCCGGCGAAGAAAGCCAAAGAUAAGCAGAGCGCGGCGGCCAGGGGCUCCAGGAAGACCGCCUCGGAGAACCAGCCCGAGAACCGGCCGGCGGUGGGGGACAAGGAGAAAAGUAAAGAGAUGAACAACAAACUGGCUGAGGCAAAAGAACUAAGAUGUGGGGAUCUGAACAUGACAUCCCAUUCGCUGCUCACGCCUCACGCUAUACCAGGCCGCUAUAGUAAGGAGUGGGCGGGAGCAUCCUCUUCCCUUCUCUCCGCCAUUUGAUGCCCACCACCCACCACCAUCAACAACCCCCCCCCCCCACUCCGCUCGCCUCCAUCUCCAGGUUGCCAUGGCUACUGGCUGCCAAGCUAGCCAAUGGACGGCUCUUCUGUUGCAUGGGCCCGCCGCCGACAAGCAAUUCUGGAGGGUUGGCUUUGAUCGACCCAACAGAUUGCUUCGAGUUUAUCAAGGAUUCAUUUCUCUCCUCUCUUCUUUUUGGGACUUUGUUGUCAAAUAAAUUGGCGUUUCGAUUCGGUUUCUGCACCCAAACGAACUGCAAACCUGAAAAUCUUUGAUAAAUGUCCUGCUGGGUAAAUCAUGACGAGUGGUCUGAUCCAUGGCUUGUUUCUCUGUAACCCGCUGCGUUCUCUCUGCUCACGCCGCUGCGCCGGGCAGAGUCACCAUCCCAGCUUCCUGUUCAAUGUCAUUUUGUUAUGAAGUGUCUCAUCUUUAAACUCUGUCACGCGUUGCUCCGAAUACUUUUCCACCCACGUCAAGAAAAGCAACCAUUUUAUAAACCUCCCAAAUUGCUGCCAGCAUAUCAUCUGGGUCACGCUAAACUGAUUAUGCAUUAAACACCAGUCAUUUGCAUAGCGGCUGAGUACUCUGAGAGAAUUAGAUAACACGGUUGUAGCGCCAUUUAAAUGUUUUCAGAAUGAGAGAGGUUCAGUGGAGCUGGGAAAUGUUAAGUCGUGUGGUUUUUUUUGUGUGUCCCGUCUGCCAAACACACAGCUGUCAGUCUCGCUGGUAAUCACCUCCAACACAGUGUUUUACGAACAGGACGGAUCCCUCCGUGAGGCGUGAGCAUCAGCACACACAGUCUGUUUGGCGUUUCUGCGCUGAGGGUGACCGUAUCCAAUCUGAUUAGACUGACACGAGACGGUAGCGGACGGCUCAGAGAGCCGCCGAACGCCAUUGUUUCACAUCAAAACUGACGAGCUGUUAGAGCUGAAGCACAAAUCUCCAUUCAUCGUCCACUGCACAUCUAUGUUCAUCUUAUUUAUUCCAUUAUAAACCAAACAAUAUACCGAAAGUGAUGGGUUUUUUUUUUUUUGUUUUGUUUUUUUUUGUCUUUUCUACUGAAGAGAUGUCUCUGUAGUUUUAAGAACAAGCAGCGGUAUUGCCCUUUUACUAUGUGUCUGCAAUGGGAGAAAAGUCAAGUAUAUUCCGUCUGUGGCUGCAGAAUUUAUCACAUAUUUAGCAAAAUCGCAAAAAGCACAGUGAACUGUUUAUUCAUGCUCUGCAAACUCCCAAUGACAGAAUUUCCAAACCCGAUUGAUCAUCUCAUUAUAGAAUUUGAAUGCUUAACUAACGAAAACAUUUUAAUCAAUUGUGCUGUUAUUUGAAAAAAACAAAUCUUAAGGUUACAAAAUAAUUAAAUUAAUCUAUUUGUCUGUAUUUAUUGCAAAUCAUAUCAUUAUUGCAAUACUAUAUGCUAUCGUGUUUGGUUUAGUGCGUAAGAUAUGAGUGAUAUUUGUCUUAGAAUAACAAGCAUGGCCGAAUAAUCUGCCGCCCUCAGACCCUCAGACAGGACAGUUCAUAGACAUAUUAUCAGAUAAGCUAACAUACCAAUGACUGUUACAAUUUAAUAAAAUGUUCCAUACACAAAAUCAUCCUAGAUUAUCACUGUGUGUCUGUCUUGAGUAAUUUGUGCUUACUUGAACUGUGUAAAAACGUCCUUCUGCAAUAGAAGUGAAUGUACUGGAGGUGAAGCUGUCCUCAUCCAAGAUGGCGGCAUCUGCUUCGUAUACAUGUCUAUGUAACUUUGAGGCUGUGGCUGCAGAUAUGGGGCCAUGAAUUAAUUCCAUAUGGACAACAUAAAGCUAUGACUGCCUGAAGGACACUAUCAAGAAGAUAAAUAGUUUCCAAUAUGAUCCGUGAUCGAUAAUUUACCUCAAUAUACAAUCAAUUUAAAUCUCUGGUGCAAUGAUCCUGCCAUGCCCCUCACUUUAAAUCCUUUAAUUCCCAACUAUUUUCACAGCUCUCUUCUGAUAUUUAACUGUUAAAUCUGUAAUAACAGGAAGAAUAAUAACAAAGAAGUAAACUCUGAGACUUUAUAAAUUAGCAGUAGAAAGAGGGUAUAUUUUUGUAGGCUAACAGUUAGCAUGUUAGCAUGACUGUUUUGCUGCAGAUUUCUGGAUGGUUUCAUUCUUUCAAAAAAAAUGCUUAAAACUGUCAUUCAUGAUGACUGAUGUUCGAGUAAAAGCCAACAACACAGUCACAUGAAUUGAGAAUUAUAUUUUAUCUGUUAAUAGAUUUAUUGACAAAGUGGAAAUCUUCACAUUAAAACACCACUGGGUUGGCAUUGAGAGCGCAGAAGUGGUUUUAAUGCUCACGUACUGCAUAUCCAGGUUUUCUGAAUCAUUCCUGCAGCACUUUUUGUGGAGUACAAAAGGUCAGGCAGACUUUUAGCUCAGGGGCAAUGCUCUGCUGGGUUCGCUUUUCUCAAGAAACGUGAAUUCACAUGAACUCUCUCCUCUCGCUCAGUUGAAUCCGCAUUCGGCUAAAUCUGUCCAGAGAGCGUGCUGGUUUGACGAGGCCGGUUCUGAAAUGUGUUGGUUCUGAGGGGAACGUGAAGUAGGUGGUUUAAACUGUUUUAUCUGUUCAAAUGAAUGAUAACCUCCUUUGUAAAUACAGCUUAUAUUAGUCUAUAUAUGCUAGCAGGGCGGAGCGUUAGUCCAAAGCUGGUUUACCACGUACUGAAAGAUUAGAGGAGCACUGUACAGG